AUGGCCUCCAAAAAAGUGACGUUCGACGUGGCAGAUGACGUGGCGUCGCCAGCGCCAAAAGCAACGAAGAAGAGCAGGACGCCGAUGAAGAAAAAGGCAAACGGACGUGUGCAGAGGCACACUCAGAAGACGUUGCAAAGAGUGAAAGGUAGGGGAUUUCGGUCGAUAUCGUGUUGAAUUCUCAUUUGUGUCCAGAAGAAAUGGAGAAUGAAAACGACGUGGAAAAUGACGGAAAAGUGGAUGAGAAGACAAAGAAAGAAGCGAAAAAGCAGGUGAAAACAGAAGAUUCAGACGUGGCAGGUUCGUUUUCCACGUUGAGAAAUGCUUUAACAUUCAUUCUUUAUAGAUGUACAAAAUGAAGAAAAACCGAAGAUAGAAUCGAAGAAGCGGGUAAAAGUGGACGGUGAAGAUUUUGAUUCAGAGUCUGCAGCCGCGAAACCAAAAAAGAAGAAAAAGACGUGUGGAGAGUCUGAGGCACAGAAGAGGUCACGUGAAACCGUCGGAGCAGAAGUGCUCUCCGCCGUCGGCUCUUCCCAGAAAAUGCUCGGAUUCCACGUGAGCGCUGCCGGAGGGCUCGAACAAGCGAUUUAUAACGCUCGCGCCGAGGGCUGCCGCAGUUUCGCCCUUUUCGUUCGCAAUCAACGCACGUGGAAUCACAAACCGAUGACCGAGGAGGUGGUGGAGAACUGGCGGAAAGCGACGGAAGAAACGGGCUUCCCAAUGGAUCAGGUGGUGCCGCACGGAUCGUACCUGAUAAAUGCGGGCUCACCGGAAGCGGAUAAACUCGAAAAGUCGAGGGCAGCGAUGGUGGACGAAUGUCAGAGGGCCGAGAAGUUGGGCAUUCGGAUGUACAACUUCCAUCCGGGAUCCACGGUCGGAAAGUGCGAGCGGGACGAAUGCAUGCGGACGAUUGCGGAGACCAUCGAUUACGUGGCCGAACGCACCGAGAAUAUCGUUUUGGGUAAGCCAAACUUUGAUAUUUCAAACUUAUUCAAAUUUGCGAGGGGGACUUCACCAUAAACUAGUUUUUGCGGAAAAAAAGAAAAACGCGUGCGAAAGAUCUGCUAGAAGUGGGGGCCAGUGUUGAGAUCUGUAGAUCUGUAUUUUUCGUUAAUUUUUUGUAUUUUUGAAAACGUUUUCACUGCCAGUUUAGUGAAAUAAAAUAAAAUGCAUUAUUCGUGUUUAUUACUUUAUAGUUUUCCACUAGGGUCACGUUAAAUGGCGAACGCGCUGUUUAGUAGUUUCUGCAACUUUGUGACGUCACACUAUCUAAGCAGAAAUGUUCAAUCUAACUUCAGUUCUCGAGACCAUGUCCGGCCAAGGCAACUCGAUUGGUGGAACAUUCGAAGAGCUCAGGUACAUCAUCGACCGAGUGAAAGACAAAAGCCGCGUGGGCGUGUGCAUUGACACGUGUCACAUCUUUGCCGCUGGAUAUGAUAUUCGAACGGAGAAGACGUACGAGCAGACGAUGAAAAAGUUUGAAAAUAAGAUCGGAUGGGAGUACCUGAAGGCGAUGCACAUCAACGAUUCGAAAGGAGACCUCGGAUCGCAUUUGGAUCGACACGAACACAUUGGUGCGGGUAAACUGGGAACAAGGACGUUCGAGUUGCUGAUGAAAGAUGCGAGAUUGAAUGGGAUUCCGAUGAUUUUUGAGACGCCAGAGGGAAAAUAUCCAGAGGAGAUGAUGCUGUUGUACGGAAUGGAAAACUGA